AAAUGUUGAAAUUAACAUGAACUAAAAUGAAUAAAUGCUUUAGAAGUAGGCUAAUUUAUUGUAAAGUUUUGCCAGUAAAAUAUAGUGUUGCUCAUACAAUUAACAACAAAUAUUCUUCAUGUAAACUAGUUUGACCUUAUUAUGCUAUACAAAAGAAGGUCAUCAGAUCAUCUGUCCAAUGUAUAAACUAAAACCUCAUUACAAGUAAUGUAAACUAGGUAAUUACAGAACAAUUAAGCUAAUUACAUUGUUUACAAAUAAAAUGAAGCAAUAAUUAACAAGCAUUAAUAAGAUCAUUAUACUCACUAUAAACUCGACUACAAUUUAUGUUCUAGUUUGGAGGGAGUUACUUAUAACAGAUGUGAUGGUGUCAGGUCUAUUUAUUUGAACCCGAUAAGACACUACACAUAUGGCAGAGGACAUCCUGAUCAGCUUACAACCACUUUAUUAUUUAUGAUUUGGUUGGACAAACCCAAGCAGCACCUCUGCAGUCUCAUUUAGCUUUGAACAGGUAGCGAUGUUGCCACAGCCAGAGUCAAGUCAAAUUCAAACUACUGUGAAAGAACAUACAAAGUAACGAUAUGCUCAAGCUGCGGUGAACUACAGUCAUGUUUGCGGCAGCAACUAAGAACUUUGUGAAGCAGGUGGGGGACACUGGACGGCUGAUCCAUGUGCCCAGUCUAAGUGAAGCGGACCGAUAUCAACCCCUCAGCCUGGUGACGAGGAAGAGAAGACGCCAUUUCUGGAAGAAGACCAAAUAUGCCACAACCCCCUUCUCACUGAAAGACAUACUCGUGGGAGAGAAAGAGAUCACAGCAGGAGUGUCCUCAUAUCAGCUCCUGAACUAUGAAGACAAGUCUGAUGUUUCCCUAAAUGGGCGUUUGGGCAACCAUCUGAUCCACGAGGUGGGAGUAAACGUGAGUGGUUCAGACUCUGUGGCAGUAAAGGCCUCCUUUGGAAUUGUGACCAAGCAUGAGGUGGAGGUUCCUACAUUACUGAGGGAGCUCAAUGCAAGGAAAGUGGACUUGGAUCAUUGUUUGAUCCGUCAGUCCAAAGAGAGUGGACGCACGAUCCUGUGCAUUGUCAUGGAGAGUAUCCGCACCACACGACAGUGUUCCCUCACCGUCCACGCUGGAGUCCGUGGAACUACCAUGAGGUUCCAGAUAGAUGAUGGUCGAAAUCCUAAAGGGCGAGAUAAAGCCAUUGUUAUUCCAGCCCACACGACCAUAGCAUUCAGUGUACUCGAGCUUUAUGUGCGUCUUGAUGGACGUCUUGACAUAUGUGUAGCACCAGAGUCAAUGGGAGGAUUUGAGAGGGAACAGAUACGUGACCAGCUCGGGGGAUACAUUGGCCGCUUUUCCUUUGGAAGACUCAGGAGAUUCCUGUCAGGAAUCAUCUAUGGGAAUCCUUUCAGAGCAGAUGACAGGACGUUUGAAGAGCUCACUCACUCUGAUAUGUACAUGGACGAUGUCGUGACGGACUACUACGAGAAGGCUGCCAGCAUGACUGACCUGUCCACGGCGUACCUGCGGGAUGAGAAGCACAUACGUGUAAAUCUACUCAACCAUAACAUACCUAAAGGACCGUGCGCCCUGUGUGGAAUGGGGCAUCAGAAGCGCGAGACUGUCUAUGGCUGCCUGGAAUGCUCUUCAGGGGGGACACAAAUACGUCCGCCUCCACGCUGUACCAUGUUUUGACCUCUGGCACAAAACCUUGAGGUGAGAAAGGGCUUGGAGGAACUCCCAGGGUGAUUUUAAUGCAGCCCUUGUGCAAUAUGACCACAAGAUGUAAAACCAUCAACUUUAAUUUUGGCAAAAACACAUUUUAAGAAAGCAAGAAUGUUCUUUGCUCAGUGACAUUGUAAACCAAUGAUUUCAUCAAAUUCUAAAGAGUUUGACUUCAGUCUGAUAAUUUAUUAGUUUAAUGGUUUAUAUUUUCCUUGUUUUGUCACAAAUUCAGCUGUUUGAAUGAGUAUAUUAUUAUACCCGUUGCAUCUUAGUUGUUAAAUAAUAAUUAGGUCACACUUUGCAUUACACUCCUAAAAAUAAAGGUUCUUUAUAGCCGUCUAUGUUCCAUAUGGAACCUUUAACAUCCAUGGAUAUCAAGGCACAAUCAUAGUUAGCUGUUACAUUUUCUCCAAUGGUAGAGCCACGGACCCUCGUAUCUCCCAAUAAUAAGACCAUCUCUGGAAAACGGUGACGUCAUGCACAUGUGUAUAGAGGGUAUGCACGUGACGUCACCGUCGACCGCUAUGACUGCGGUUACGCCCACUGAGUGGCAAAAGACUGAGUGGCAGCAUUGGUUUUCAGCGUGAAUGCCGGGAAAAACACACAAAACACAUCCAACACAGGGAAAGAGCUUUGCGACUGACUGUACAAAUAGAUUUGACACAAAAUCUGAGGUAUAUUUUUACAGACUGCUGAAAGCUACAGAAAAAAGAAGCAAAUAGGUCACUGCAAUUCACAGAAACAGCUGGACUCCAGGCAAAGAAACAUGUUUUGCAGUUAUCAUUUUGUGUCAAAAUGUUGGAUUUUGGGGUAAAAUCAUACCCUAUAUAUUGUAUUGUUAUAUAUUGUGUUGACAACUCAUCAAUUAAAUAUUUACCAUCUUAUAUUCUGCAUAAUUGGGUGUUUUUAAAUAAACGCUGACACAAAAUAUACAAGUUUUAGGGCUGGAUGAUAUGACGAUAUAUAUAACAUUGAUAUAAGUGAUCACUCAGAUUUAGACCUACCUAUAUUGUAUUUAUAUAAAGCGUUCACAGGCCGAUUUGCUUUAUGUGUUUCCCUGGCGUCGAAAUCAGGCACAUAUAAAUGUCAGGAAACACGAUUCUUGGCUGCAUAUGUCAAUAUCCAUGGAUUAGGUUUCUUUGACAUGUCAUAAGGAACACUUUCGAGCCCAACCUUUAGUGUAAUAAUUUGUUUUACUCGCGUUUUCACAGUUUCCCCUAUUAAAUCCAGUCAUGCAGCAGGUUCUUUUGCCACUCAGUCCAGCUGAGGGAGCGCGUUCCGGCGGGAAAGUGACGUCUAUGCAUACCCUCUAUUGCAUGGUCAGUCUAUAGUGGUGGAACUAUGAUUUCACUUUGUAGGCCAGUCGGCCAAUAGGAUUUUUCCAUAGGCUUUUGGAUAAUAAAAUAAGCUCUGUGAUCGACAAAAGUUUAUGAUACUUACACGUUUUGUCCAUUAAGAUCAUUUUCACAGAUGAACACAACUUUUAUGAAUUUUGAAGCCUAUAUGCAGUUGCCAGAAGUAAAAAGCUAAACGUAGGUUAUAAACGAGCUACACCACAGUCGCACAAUUUCAACGUUGCCACUACUAAGCUUCUGACAACUCUUUCAGUUUUUAUAUAAAAACAUUUUCCCUGAA